CUGAGGGCGGCCCCUCCUGCCCGGCGGCUCCGGGGGCGAUGCUGCGGUGGGGGCUCCGCGUCCUGAGCUGCGGCUGCUCCGCCCCGCGGAAGCGGCAGCACAGCGUUCUUGCGAUGGCUGAGGAUUUGAUAGCAGCGGUUGCCAGCCAGACAAAGAGACUCAACAGCAGCAGCGAGGUGGUUCAAAGGCUGGAAGAAAACGGGCAUCAGAAUAAAAAGUUGAAGAGUGAUGCAGAUGAGGAAGAUGCAGAGGAUCAGAAUAAGAAGUUGCCCAAAAGGAAGAUUGUGCUGUUGAUGGCAUAUUCAGGGAAAGGCUACCAUGGCAUGCAAAGAAAUGUGGGAUCUUCACAGUUCAAGACAAUUGAAGAUGACCUGGUCUCUGCCCUUGUUCAGUCAGGGUGCAUCCCAGAGAACCACGGGGAAGAUAUGAAGAAGAUGUCUUUCCAGCGCUGUGCUCGAACAGAUAAGGGUGUGUCUGCAGCUGGACAGAUUGUGUCACUGAAGGUCAGGCUAAUAGAUGACAUCUUAGAAAAGAUCAAUAAUCAUCUUCCUUCUCACAUCAGAAUUCUGGGCCUGAAGAGAGUCACUGGGGGGUUCAACUCCAAGAACAAAUGUGAUGCCAGAACCUACUCUUACAUGCUGCCAACGUUUGCCUUUGCCCAUAAGGACCAGGAUGUGCAGGAGGAGCUUUUUCGGCUGGACAGAGACACCCUUGAAAGGGUCAAUCGACUGCUGGGCUGCUACAAAGGGACACACAACUUCCACAACUUCACAUCACAGAAGGGCCCCAGGGACCCCAGUGCCAAGAGGUACAUCAUGGAGAUGUACUGUGGAGAGCCCUUCGUCAGGGAAAACGUGGAAUUUGCAGUGAUCCAAGUGAAAGGUCAGAGUUUCAUGAUGCACCAGAUCAGGAAGAUGAUUGGGCUGGUGAUAGCAAUUGUGAAAGGUUAUGCUCCUGAGUCCAUCAUGGAACGUAGCUGGGGAGAGGAGAAGGUUGAUGUCCCCAAAGCCCCAGGACUUGGGCUGGUUUUGGAGAAAGUACACUUUGAAAAAUACAACAGGCGUUUUGGGAAUGAUGGGCUGCAUGAGCCACUGGAGUGGACAGAGGAGGAGGAGAAGAUUGCUGUUUUCAAAGAGCAGUACAUCUAUCCUACCAUUAUCAACACAGAAAGGGAGGAGAAAUCCAUGGCAAACUGGCUAAAAACCCUCCCCAUUCAUGACUUCAACUCGUCUGCUGUUGAGAUGCAAACUAACAACAAAAAUUCAAAGAAGAGCAGCGAUCUCGAAGGCAGCGAUGGUUGUGGCGAUGAUUCUGACUGAGCCAGCAGCUGGCUGGACGUGGGACCCUUGCUGCUUGCAGUUCUCUUUGUCUACAAAAAAAGUGGCCUUUCCAAAUCCAGGAAUCCAGUGAAACAGGAGUUUGUGUGCUUGCAGAACGAGAACUGGAUGCCCAGGAGGAGCUGGGUGGGGAAGAUAGUGCAGCAGAAAAAACACAAGUUUUUUAUACCACUGACUGAUGUACCUGACUGAUAUACUUGAAAACAGUGUAGUGGGAUAGCAGCUUUCUAAAAAAAAAAUCUUGAAAUGCAGGAUAUCUUAAUUGCUAUUUGAAUAAUGUUUUUAUUAUGUUUACCUGGAAAAUAGUAUUUUAAAUAUGUAUAAUCUCUAUGUAAAAAUGGGGCAAGUAAUUUUAAUACACUCCUUUUUAUUAUGACGUUAUGAAUUUGAUUUUUUAAAAAAUAAUUUACAUUUACUCAAACUGAA